CGGUUAACUAAAAGUCAGUACACGAAAUGGUUUCGUGUAAAGGGUUGUUGAAUUUAGCCAGGAAUUACUCAAAGUGGUGUCCUCCGCAAACGCAAAAAAAAAUAUUGUCAGAAGUAGCUUACAGUGACUUUAUUAAUUCGCUACCCGUUAUAAUAGAUAAAGGGGUACGAGAAACACGAUAUUUGGAAACAGAUGAAUUGCGUAACCGAAUGAAAAGAAUUGCAGAAUAUUAUUUGCGCGGACGUAAAACAAUACACGGUGAAGUGACGGUUUACGCCCAUGAACUACUAAGAAAGCCCAAGAAAAUCGAAGGUGAAUUAAAAAACCAACAAUAUGUUUUAGCCUGGUGCACUGAAUUGAUACUAUCAUACUUUCUCAUUGUUGACGACAUCGAGGACGGUGCGUCAACCCGCAACGGGCAGCAAUGCUGGCACCUGUUGGCGGACGUGGGCUCGAUGGCCGGCAACGACGCCAGCAUGCUCCGCAGUUUCAUCAUGCAAUUGCUACACAUCAACUUCUCCUCACAGCUCUUUGUAGACUUCGCUAAACUCUUCAACGAGGUUUUUUUUAUCUGCAAUGUUGGACAGUAUUUGGACGCCACGACAUCUAAAAAUCGAAAUUAUGAUAAUUUUACAAUGGAAUAUUACAAAAAUAUUGCCUUUUAUAAAUUUGCUGUCGGCUCUAUAAACUUUCCCGUACUGUGUGCGCUGAUUCUCUCCAACAAAUACAACAAGGAUACACGUCAACUUGUGGACAAUAUAUUAACUGACGUCGGAAUUUGGAGCCAAAUAUAUAACGACUUCACUGACUAUUACGACGACGACGAGCAAACUGGUAAAACGGGCUCCGACAUCCAAGCGGGAAAAUGCACGUGGCUGGCGGUGACAGCCCUACAGCGCUGCUCGCCCGCCCAGAGGGAGGAGUUCGCCGUUCACUACGGCAGCUGGCAGCUAGACCACGUGGCACGUAUCCGUAAUAUCUAUCAACAACUCGGCAUCGUCGAUAUUUAUUUCAGAGAGGAACAAGCCACUUAUGAUAGAAUUAUAAAGAAAAUUGAAUCGCUUCCCGCGAAUGCCGUGCCAUCGGCUGAUUUCUUUAAAACAGUGGUUGACGCUUACUAUCCCAAUGUCACUUGUGGAAUAUCGUUGACAUUAGGAAAGUAG